AAAUGCUUGCCUUUACCGUGGCAGCGACGUUCCUGCUAUGUUGGAACCUCACGAACGGUUUCGUGUUGCCAGCAGGGGCCAGGACUGGUUUCGGUGAUGGCAUGGGCUUCAGAAUGUCUCUCUCUGAUGCGGAUGACUGCGGAGGGUUGACUCGAGGCGAGAUGAUCAAGAACGUCCGCAAGUUUGGCGCAGUGACUGCUGCGGGAGCCGGCUGUGUUUUGACACGAAGCGGGAGCGGUUCGGAGGUACCGAGGACGCCUGCCGCGUUCGCUGCCUCGAGCGAUCUCCCCGAGGAAGCCUACACGACUAUCGGGGGGGACAUGAAGACCUGCCGCAUCCUGAACGGAAUGUGGCAGCUGUCGGGCGCUCACGGGUUCCGUCCCGACCAGAAACCCGCCCUUCAGGCGAUGGCGAAGCUUGUCAACAAGGGCUACACGACGUUUGAUCUUGCAGACCACUACGGCCCAGCGGAGGACUUUGUGGGCGCGUUCGAGAGCCAGAAUCGAGCAGAGGCUGACAAGGGACAGUUUUUCACCAAGUGGGUCCCUCGGCCGACUCGAAUGGACCGGUCUACCGUGGAAGCUGGCGUGGGGCAGUCGCUCGCGAGGAUGAAGACCGAGCCGAUCGACCUCAUGCAGGUGCAAUACAGCCUGCUCGAUCAGCGGCCAGGGCAGCGUAUGGCCACCCUCGCCGCGGAGAGGGGGGUGGGACUCCUUUGCUACGGCACUGUCCUAGGCGGCCUGCUGUCGGAGAAGUGGAUCGGCAAGCCGACUCCCACCAGGUCGGACUUCACCACGGUCUCCGAGAUGAAGUACUACAACAUGAUCCGGCAGUGGGGGGGAUGGCCGCUGUUCCAGGAGCUGCUGUCGGUCACCAAGUCAGUCGCGGACAAGCACGGCGUGAGCAUCCCCAACGUCGGCGUUCGAUGGGUUCUGGACAGACCGGCGGUGGCGGGCGCGAUCGUGGGGACCCGGCUAGGCCUGACGGAUCACUCGGAUGACAACCGACGGGUUUUCGGGCUCAAGCUCGACGACGAGGAUCGCAGUAGGAUAGCGGCGGUGACGGAGCAGUCCCGCGACCUGAUGACGGUGAUCGGCGACGUUGGCGACGAAUACCGGGGAUAA